UACGUUGAUCUAUCGUCAUCAACGAGUGACGCCGUGACGGUCUAAGGGAGGACGGUCUACACCGACGUUUCUGUACCACCCACGAUCGACAGUCACAAAUUAGACUUCUUCGCGAUUGACUUGACUGGUGCCUACCGUAGCUCCUUCUGGUCCUGGAAAUUUUGUAAGACGCAUCUCCACUGCAUCAUGGUCAGCCGCAUCUCCACCAUCUCUCUUUCUAUAGAGAAGGAGACUAAAGAUCAUGAGACCAAGGAAGAUACCGCAGAUUUUGAGAAAGCCAUGGAAAUAUGUGGUAAUGGAAGAUAUCAAUAUACUUUCCUGCUGGUUUGUGGCGUGAUGUUUAUCUGCGUUGGCUGCCAAUUUGGGACGAGUGCGUAUAUUCUACCGUCAGCUGAAUGUGAUCUAAACAUGAAAUCCGAAGAGAAAGGGCUAUUAAAUGUCGCCUUCCUUGCAGGUUCGGUGUUCAGCGCACUUUUCUGGGGAAUCUUCGCAGGUGUCUAUGGAAGAAGAAAUAUUCUGCUGAUAAAUCUCUUCGGCGACAGUAUCAUUACGCUGAUCACGAGCUUCUUGCAAAAUUUUAAGCUGCUGCUGGCGUUCAGAGUCAUAAGCGGAUUCUUAAUGGGCGGACCCGGUUCCGUGAUAUAUAUGUACCUUGGCGAGUUCCACGCGGAAAAGUACAGAGCGAAGAGCAUCUGUUACCUAGGCUUUUUUUUCACUCUCGCUUGGUUAAUAUUGCCUGGUUUAGCAUGGAUAAUAAUACCAUUGCCGAUAUCCUUCAAUUUUUACGGCAUUCAGUAUAAUUCUUGGAGAUUAUUCCUUGGCGCUAUCAGUGUACCAUCUUUCAUUAUUGCCGUUAUAACUUUAACGUAUCCGGAAAGUCCAAAAUUUCUAGUGUCGCAAGGCAAGACUGACGAAGCUCUCGCGAUUCUCCAAACAAUCUAUGCGGUGAAUACAGGACGUGAUAAGAGCGAGUUUCCGGUGAAGGAACUUCUCUCCGAUGCCGUGUUCGAAGUAGAAAAGAACAAGGCGCCAUUAUCUUCGUCGGACAAGCUGAUGGAAUUGCUGAAAAAUAUUUGGUGGCAAUUGCGUACAACUGCAACACCACCUAUCUUGAAGUACGCUUCCCUCUUGUGGAUAAUUUAUUUCACGAAUAUGUUUGGGUACUACGCCUUUAAUCUCUGGCAACCGGAAUUGUUCAAUCGCUUCGAGAACUAUCAUCAAUCGCAUCCGAAUGUAUCCGUGACGGUCUGCGAACUAAUACGUGAAUCGCAGACAUUAAAUCACACUGUUCCAGAGGAACCGCUCCUGUUUUCAACAAACGAAGACACUACGGAGUGCAAGACGCACAUAGACGAACGGGUGUUCAUUAAUUCUCUGACAAUCAACACUGUUUGCUUGUUUGGCAAUAUCAUCUCUGGAUAUCUAGCAAAUCGAGUUGAUCGUCGAACAAUGCCAGUGACCACAAUGAUGGUAGCUGGCAUCGCUAGCUUCGGUAUGUACUUUGUGAGAUCCUCGCUGCAGAUCCUUAUAACUGCCUGCGUGUUCACUCUGAUGGCAGCCACGGCGAAUUUCGUGAUUUCCAGUGUUGCGGUCGACGUCUUUCCUACACACGUGGCCGCCGCCGCGGUGUCCAUGAUGGUGUGCUUGGGAAGGUUCGGCGCGAUGACGAGUAAUCUCGCGUUCGGUAUGCUGCUGGAUCUCAGCUGCGAGAUCCCGAUAUUCCUAGUAGCCGGUAUCACCACAUUUGGCGGAUUGUUAUGCUUCUUGAUACCGAGUAAGAAAAAGAAAUAAAUGUCGACGCUCAAGGAAGAAACAGACAUGUUAAAUUUAAGAAGAGGACAAUCUAAAGUGUUUCGAAUGUGUCGUGUUAGUUAUGGCACACAAAAAACGUAAUUAAAUAGUAAAACGCAGUAAAACGUAAGCAGUAAGCAAAUCAAUACUUUUUAUUUGCUAUUGCUUACGUUAUUACCUUAUAUAUGGUCUCUACUGUGAUUAACUGAUUCACUUACUGCUUACGUUUUACUACCUUGCGUUUUUCUCUGUGCCAUCGUUGUUAUUUUUUUAUCAAAUAUGCGAUUUGCAAAGUUUGGAAUAUGAAAGAGCGCUUACUGUAAAUAAUAAGCAUCGAUAUUGAUAAGUUCUCGCACAAAAAUCUAGCUUACAUAAUCGCGCAUCAAAACGUUCAGUGAGAUUAGCAUAAUUUAUUUCCAACCAAUUUAUUCUGAUAAAAAGCGCAAAUUUAUCGAUACUUGUUUAAUUAUUAAAAAUUAAAUGAUAAAUCGUCCCUUAUCAGUCAUUAAUUUUAUCGGCUUGUCAAUGACGAUCUAAUUUCACUGAUCGAUAUACAUUUCAUAUCGUUUUAUUACAAUCUGGCAACGCUUAUCGAUUAAGUCAUUUGUAAAUAAUUAUUUCAAUAUUUAUUAAUUCGUAUUGUAUAUGUGUGUAAUAUAUAAGUAAUACGUUAAUUGCCGACGUGUUUCAUUGCACACGUGGCAAAUGUAACGAGCGAAUCUUCGUCGCGAUAAUGUAUUAUAAUACAUGUAUAAUACAUAUAUAAGAAUAGAAAUAAAAAGUAUGACAAAGGGAGAAGGUACUUUAAUUAUCAUAUACGAAAAAAUAGGGGCAACCAUUAUUUGAAAUACCUUACGUCAAGCAGGGACAAAUUAACGCACAGCAAUUACGCACUAAUCAUCGUGCAACAAAUGAAAGAUACUUAUCUGCCAGUUUCUAAACGAGUUGGAUUAAGUGUCGUUUCCUGGUAAGCCCCGCAGGAGUUUCAGGGUUUAAUCACCCGAUGUUUAUGGUGCACCUAUCGUGCAUUAAAAUCG